UCGUCGUGAGAGGUGGUAUACUCGCUCGCGGUAGUGACAAAGCGCGUUUCGGUGUGAUUUGUGUUUUGUUUUGUGGUGCACAAUGGCUUACAACGGUAGUGGUGGCAAGAGACUGUGUACAGGAACCGACCUCGACGUGGAAAGGAGCAAUGGCAACAACUACAUGUCGCAGGGCGAGCCACGGCGCAAGCGCGAGCCGCCAGCGCGGCCUAACCACAUACUGCUCUACACGAUCAUCAACCCAGCAUACCCCAUCACUGUGGACGUGAUACAUACAAUCAGCACGCCUCACGGCCAGGUGCAGAGGAUCGUCGUGUUCAAGAAAAAUGGCGUCCAGGCGAUGGUUGAGUUCGAGUGCGUGGAGUCGGCGACGAGAGCCAAGGAGGCGCUGCACGGCUGCGACAUAUACUCCGGAUGCUGUACACUCAAAAUUGAAUUCGCCAAGCCUGAAAGAUUGAAUGUGUUCAAAAAUGAUCAAGACAGCUGGGACUACACACUGUCGGAGGAUGUUCAGCCGGUGCAGCGGAGCGCCCCGCUGCUCCAGUCCCCUCAGUACACGGGAGGCAGGCCUCAACCGUACAAUGCGAGUGCCACACACACGAGGUCUUGCAGUGAGGAGUCUUGCGGGCAGCACAGUCAACAUUCUAGCGAGCAAGGACAGAACGAUAUGGACUUCGGCAGCGGAGGACCACCGCCUCCAGGGAUGAUGAAGGAUAGACACGGGCCGCCCCCGCCACAUCACCCGCGUGACGGCCGCGGCUACGGGCCAGAGGGCUACGGGGGCGAAGGCUUCGUGCCUCCGCCGCCCAUGCACCACCCGCCCAUGCCGCCCCAGAACCAGGGCGGCCCACCCCAGCAGGGCGCUGUGAUGAUGGUCUACGGUCUGGACCCGCAGACAGCCAACGCGGACCGGCUCUUCAACCUGUGCUGCCUCUACGGAAACGUUGUCAGAAUAAAGUUCUUGAAGACGAAAGAAGGCACGGCGAUGGUGCAGAUGGGCGACGGGGUGUCAGUUGAACGCUGCGUACAGAACCUGAACAACGUUACUGUUGGAGACUACACAUUGACAUUGGCGUUCUCAAAGCAAGCGUACCUAUCGGAGGUGAUGAACCCGUACCCUCUCCCGGACAAGAGUCCCUCAUUCAAGGACUAUGUCGGCAACAAGAACAAUCGCUUCCUCACGCCAGCCUCCAUACACAAGAACAGAAUACAACCGCCCUCUAAGGUGCUCCACUUCUUCAACACGCCACCAGACGUAUCUGACGACCAACUGCUGCAGGUGUUCAAAGACUACGGAGUCGCGCCGCCGCACACCAUCUCCAAGUUUCCACUUAAGAGUGAGAGGUCGUCGUCGGGCCUAAUGGAGUUCCAGAACAUAUCGCAGUCCGUGAUGGCAAUCAUGGCUUGUAACCACGCUACCAUCCAGCACCCAGGUGCAAAAUUCCCCUUCGUAAUGAAGCUGUGUUUCUCGUCGUCGCGGCAAAUUGGGCAAGGGAAGGGCCAGAAUCCGUCGAAACGGGAUCAGAACCAGGAACCGAACCGGCAAGGACAGAACAACGGGAUGGCUAUAGAACACGAAUACUAUUAACGGAGAUGCGGCGAGCACACACACUCACACAUAUCAAGACCGACGGCAACACACAUAUACACAGGCACACGACAACGAGUGCGGGGGGACGGGAUUGCCAUUGUAGGGAAAUAAACGAAAAAUUUACCACUGCAAAAAAAAAACAGAAACAUAUUUCCGAGAUCUCAAAAUUUACAUUUCGAAAAAAUCAAUAACUUAACUUUUUUGAAUGAUUGAAAUUUAGAGGCGGUAAAUUUUUCACGAUGGCAAUAACUUGAAUAAUUCCUUUAUUUUUACAAUUUUGUGAUCUAGAUCACUCUUUAUAAAGACAUUAACAGAUAGUUUUUAGUUGUAAACUUAGACACAGUAACAAAAAAAUUCAUGUUAUUAAACACAUUACUACAAUUCCAUUAUUUUCUUUUGUUUUUUAUUUUAUUUUAUGUGGAGCGAUGCUCCGGAUGCAUACACCAUGCAUUUCAUUUUAUAAACUAUCUUAGGUAUUGGUUAAGAUUAUUCCCAUAUAAUUUGAAUAAUAUUUAGAAUUAGUCUAUGUAUUAUUACCAGUGCCAUUUUCAAACUCUUUGGUGUAAAUUUUUUUGACUUUCAUUUUUGACAUCUAAUUUAAAUAAAGACGAUUUAGGAGUGUUGAGGAUGGUACUGAUUUUAACGUUUUUUUGUAACGAAUAAAUAGAUAAAAUGAUAUUAGUUUGUGAGUUUGUUUAAGGUAUCGUUAUAUUUUUGUUUUAUUCCCUUUUUGUACGGUAUUGGCUGACAUGAAACAAAUGUUGACCAAAGUACGUUUGAGAAUUUGAUUCCCUUCAAUUCGGUUGUUUGUAAAACUUGACAGUUGUGAAAAUGUACAAGAAAUAAAGAAACUGUGGUAUAAGGUAGAA